AUGGACGACGGGGGCGACAGCGACGACGGCGUCGAGGAGGGCGUGGGCGAGAGCUCCUGGCCGCCCGCCUCCUCCUCCGGCGGCGGCGGCGCAUCGCACGGGCCGCCGUUGCAGGACGUCAGGAAGGGGAUCUACCACCGCCUACGGGCCAUCGGCAACGAGGAGGCCCUCACGGACCCCUUCUUCGAGCAGCUGCUCGAGGAGCACUACGAGCGCCUCCCCAUCAGCUACUCCAUCGACCUGCAGGUGGACAAGGCGGAGGACGUGCUGCUGCACCGGAGGAUCCUCGCCGAGUGCGCCCACCCCGACAAGCGCCCAGUCUUCCACGCGCGCUUCCUGCGCUGCUUUCAGGAGGAGAAGCCCAAGGACGCGCCGUCCGCUCCGGCGGAAAACGGCAAUGGCGGGGAUGCUCUGCUUUCCAGCCCGAGGCAGGGCGAGUUUCCGUGCCAAAGGAUGAUGGGGGACCUGAGCUUGGGGAGGAGAAAAGGCGUCGAUGACUUUGAGGCCAUUUCCGCAUGGAGGGACACUCCAGAAAUCCGCCUUGUUCAUGAAAUUAUCUUUUCCUCCAUUGACAAGCCAAAGCUCCUCAGUCAGCUAUCUGCUUUGCUGUCUGAAAUUGGAUUGAACAUCCGUGAAGCUCAUGUGUUCUCAACAACAGAUGGAUUGUGUUUGGAUGUAUUUGUUGUUGAUGGCUGGGAAACAGAGGAGACAGAUGGUUUGCUGCAGCAGCUCAAGGAGACAGCGAAACGUAGUCAUCCCUCAUUAUCUAAUCCAACAAAUUCUUCAACCUCGGAGCGAAUACGAGAACUGCAAGAAAAGAUUGGUGAUUCUGAAUUCGACAGGAAUCUCCUGCAACCUAUGGAUAAGUUUGCAUCUGGAUCUUCUGGGGAUUUAUAUCGAGGAACUUACCUUGGUAUGGAUGUUGCAAUAAAGUACCUUAGAGCUGAACAUGUUAAUGAUUCUUCAAAUGUAGAAUUCUUGCAAGAAAUAAUGAUUUUAAGGAGUGUUAAUCAUGAAAAUGUCGUUCGCUUUUACGGGGCAUGCACAAAGCAUCGGAAGUAUCUCAUUGUGACAGAGUACAUGCCUGGAGGUAAUCUAUAUGACUUCCUUCACAAGAAAAACAUUACCUUGGAGCUAUCAGUGAUUCUUAGGAUUGCUAUUGGCAUCUCGAGAGGGAUGGAUUAUUUGCACCAGAAUAACAUCAUCCAUAGAGACUUGAAGACUGCCAACUUGUUAAUUGGCAACGGCCAAGUUGUGAAGAUUGCAGAUUUUGGUGUCUCUCGUCACCGAUCACAAGAGGGAGACAUGACUGCUGAAACUGGCACCUACAGAUGGAUGGCACCUGAGGUUAUAAACCACAAGGCUUAUGAUCAUAGGGCUGAUGUCUUCAGCUUUGCUAUUGUUCUGUGGGAGUUGGUGACUUCAAAGAUCCCGUACGAAAAUUUGACACCAUUGCAAGCUGCACUGUCAGUAAGACAGGGAUUUCGCUUGGUGAUCCCUUCAACCGUGCAUCCAAGGUUGUCUAAAUUGAUUCAACGGUGUUGGGAUGAAAACCCUCAUAUGCGACCCGUUUUCUCAGAUAUCACCGUAGAACUGGAAGAUAUCUUACAUUCUGUUCAGGCCUCCAGCUCCAAAGGAGCCCAUCGAAAUACAAAACCAAAGAUACAAAUGAAAUCACAGCGAUAGAACACCAAGUCCUAUGUGGCCUGCUCGGCCCUUCUUUCACAUUAUAGCGUUAAAUAGUGCGAUAGCGUAGAGUGUCUCCUGUAUAUAUGUCAUGUAUAUUGAUUUUGUGCUCGGCUCUUUUGAUUCUCUAUCUCCCGUCCCAAAAAAAUGCUUACAUCAAGAAGUAGGUUAGGUUAGCAUAUUCUUGCUAACAUAACCUAAGUGAUAUAGAUACGUUUACAUGUUUCUUUUUUCUCGA